UGGUUAAAACUGCAUCACCUUCUUAAGAGGCGUGCUACGUUAAGUAACUUCGGAAUACUCACGAGUCCGGCAUAGGAUUAAUGUUCGUUAUGCAAAAAUACGUUGAAUGUCUUGAUUAACUGUCAGUGUUAGUAGUUUUCUUACUAAAAUAAUUUAUAGAUUCACAUAAUUGGACUAUUACUCGUCCACCAGGAUUUUAUCGGCCUAUAAUUGACUUAAGGAUCAACAAAUGAGUUUCAAAACUCUUUUUGAUUUCCCGUUUACUAUUCCUGCUUUUCCUGAUAAUGAUUCUGACAAGGAUAAGCUUCGUCUGGAUGACAACCUUGAAAUGGGUGGAAUCGACAUUGGGCCUUCUGCCGCCCUGACCCCGGCCAUCUGGGACAAGACCAUCCCAUACGAUGGCGAAAACUUCCACCUGGAGUACAUGGACCUUGAGGAGUUCCUCUUGGAGAACGGGAUCGCCAACGCUGCCGCAGCCCUUGACGACUCCGACAUGGGCAGCUCAGGCGAAUGCUCCCCGAAGAAGGCUCUCAAAGGCCAGGCAGCGGUGACCCCAAAGUGUCCUUCGUCGCCAGCGACCCUGCUGCCCAUCACGGCACUUGACCAGUCUGAGGAGGUCGUCGGCACCAGCGAGCUAGCCGUUGAGUCUGAGAUCUGCAUAGAGGUGAGCACGGACGAGGGCAGGCUUACCCCCGAGCCCGCGGACCCCGCGGACAUCGAGGUGGACAUCGCCUUCGAGCCGGACCACACCGACCUGGUGCUGUCGAGUGUGCCCGGUGGCGAGCUGUUUAACCCCCGCAAACACAAGUUCACAGACGAAGACCUCAAGCCCCAGCCCAUGAUCAAGAAGGCCAAGAAGGUGUUGGUUCCUGAGGAGAGGAAGGAUGAGAAGUACUGGCAUCGGAGGAGCAAGAACAACGUGGCAGCCAAGCGAUCCCGCGACGCGCGGCGCCUGAAAGAGAACCAGAUCACGGUGCGCGCUGCAUUCCUGGAGCGCGAGAACUCGGUGCUGAGGUCGGAGGUCGUCGAGCUGCGGAAGGAGUGCGGGCGAUACAAGACCACGGUGACGCGCUUCCAGGCCAAAUACGGAGCCCUGUAAGAGACCCCGUCCGCCCUCCUCAAGACCCUGUCAUGUACACGGGGCACAGGGCCGCCAAUGUUGCACACGUGUUCACACGUGCUCAGACUAGUCUCCCACCAUAUUAAAUAGUAUCGUUUAUUUUGUUUUAUAAAAGAAACCGCAGCCAGCUCAAAGGUCAAUAUUUUGUCACUGGUUGAAAACUAUGAAUGUCUUCCAUGGUGGCUUCACUACAAUAAUGAGUAAUGCUGUGAUUAAGUUGUUUCUCAAAUUGUGUGGCAAAGAGUGAAAUGUUCAUCUACAUUUGUAAUGGUAAAUGAAGAAGAUAGCCUAGAUCUGAUGAGGUUUAUUAAAUAAAGAAAAGGGAAACUAUAAGUAACAGCUUUUUGACCGCCCCUUUCUAUCUAAUAUUUCUCACAGGUUUUAAGUGGACCUGUGGCAGAGCCCUUGGCCUAGGACUGAUUAAUUAAUGUAUUGUUUGCUGUUCAAUUCAAAUGAUUAAAUGGGGGUCAUUCCUUUACAUUGGACAUUCAAUUUUUUCUUGACCUGUCCCAUUGUAGUUAAAGAUGAUCAAGUUGACUCAAUAACCAUGGAGGGAGGUAAGAGGGAAGAAUGGUUGAAAUGUUAACACUACCCAAUUCAACUUUAAAAAAGGAAAUAUAGUAAUGUUAAAUGGAAAUAGUAGAAUUAAAGGAACAUUGGUUGGUAGUUUGCCUUAACGGAAAAAAACAUUCACUCUAGACAACAUUAGAGAUGGAAAGAUGGAAAUUCGAUUUAUUAAAAAGUGUGGUUAAUAAUUACUGCUGAUGCUGAUGAAGUCACUGGGUCUACAUCUUUAUCAAUUGUCCUAAAUUGUGCAUCUUCUUACCUGCCAUAUCACACCACAUGGAGACUCAAAUAAUUUGUAAUGACAACCUCAGUUUUAAAGUGUUUUUUUUACCCGCUCUUGACUUAUAUUAAUAUAUUAAGAGGCAAGUUAGGUCCAAAGAGAUAUAACCUCACAACUCGAAUAACUUGUCUUUAUUCAGGAAACUUAACGGAUAGGAAUACACCCAUAUAAGCCUUGACAGUGAGUUCUAGUUAGUCUGGUCCAACACUAGGGUUUGUCAUGCUUGAAACUGUCAACUCUAUCCUGUAUUGGUUAUCUUGUCUAAUGUUAUAUGUAGUAUGUUUGCAUGCCUUGUAAAUAACUAGAUAUAUAGUUUAAGGGUUGUGUUUCAGGGAUACUUUUUAAAUGUUGAAAGACUGCAUAAAUGGGAUAUUAGCCUUGCCUUUGGCAUUAGUUAAAAUGUAUUGCCAGUCCAGCCUACAAAGUUAGAUUAAAAGUACAUUUUGUUUGAUAACUGCUUAAUAACACACAUUUGCAUUGAUUUCGUAUUUCUGGUUAGACUUGUAUCAGGAUCCUUUCAGGAAAAAUGUGUAUUUUCACUGUCAAUGCAGUACUUGGUUUACAAUACUCAUGUAUUUGAUUGGAACUAAAAUAAAGCCUAUUUUGUUUUGGGCGAUAGAACUCGGCCUCCAUGAAUUUUGUUAUGCUACGCGACUACCUGGCCGGAAAAAAACACUGUCAAGCUGAAUACACUUACGGCUUUGCCUCAACCCAGACAAAAAUAC